GAUGGAAACAAACAAACACUAAAUAGACACAAAUGAGAAGAAAAUCACUUCUCUGCCUCAGUUUGUGUUUAUGGACAGAAGUCAGAGUCUGGUUUAUGAUGUGUCCAUAAAGCAGCUAUAUAAACUGAGAGGCAGCAGCAGCAGAACUCAGUGGGACUCAACUGCUGUAAAGAUGAAGCGAUUUGUGUCUGUGCUGCUGGUUCUGCUGGUUCUGCUGGACUUGUCCUCAGCAACUCUGCAGGGAAUCAUUAAGAAGAGCUCACAGCUAAGAAAAGUGUAUCAGCUGAACUCAGCCCAGAAGGACCGUGUCCCUGAACCCACCAGUAAUCGUCCAGUUCCGGGUCCUCUGAGUCCCUCUGAGCUGGAACAACAGGCGGCGCCGUCCUCCUUCCUGUUUGGUGAUAAUGUGAACCUGCAGUGGCUGCCUUGGAGCGGCUCCCUGCCCAACGGCGCCGUAUCCAUCUACAACGGCUACACCAAGCGCACCGACUACGUCUGCAAGUUCAGGUGUGAAGCCGGGUUCUACAACCCCAGCCUGGGCCCAUACUGCCGCUACCCCUACUCUGAACGGGAGUACUAUGCCCCCGAGUUUGAGAUCCUGGCCAACAAAGACAACUUUGAGUUCUUGGAGUGGAAGGAAGGUUCCUGGGGGUCAGUGCCCCAGCACGCAGUCCAAACCUGUUCUGGCCUUGGGAUCUACGUUGGAAAGAACAAGUACGGUCUGGGGAAGGUUGUUCCUCAGCAUGAAGCCUUCUUCCUGCCUUGGGAGGGUGAUGAGUACUGGUACAAGUCGUACGAGGUCCUGGCCAUUAACAGGGAGGUUUACAGCCAGCACAUCACUGACGUCAAGUACGCCAUCGAUGAGGUCGAGAUCUUCCAGUAUCCUCCUGAGACCAUGCGCAUCUCAGGGGUCACCAACAAUGACUGCCAGCCUGUGGUCAAGACCGUUACCAUCUCAAAGACCACAGAGGUGGAGACCACGUGGAGCAUUGGUCGUGGCACCAUGCUGGGCGUCACAGGCAGCAUCACUGCCAAAAUCCCCCUGAUCGGCUCCGGAGGAAUCGAACUGACCGGCGAGAAGACGCUACAGUUCUCCAGGGGAACCACCGUGGUGGAGUCCCUCAGCCACUCGGUGUCCAUCGAGCUCACCAUCCCUCCCAACCACUCCUGCAGAGUCCGGAUGGAAGGACGCAAGGUCAAGGCCGACCUCCCAUACACAGCUCGCCUCAGCCGCACCUACCGCAAUGGAGAAACCCAGUGGACGUCCAUCUCUGGAACAUACGACGGCAUCCAGAUCGGCGAAGUCCGGGCCGUGGUGGAGCGAUGUGAGCCGGUGGUCGACGCCAAACCCUGCCCCUGACAGAGCUGAUGAUGUGUCGCAAUGAAAAACAUGCAAUAUGUAUGAAUAUGUUGUGUUGUUGGUGUUUGAAGAAAAUCUCACCUGAUGAAAUGAUCUUUCAAAAUAAAGUCCUGAGGCACAUUGAAA